AUGGCGGCAUAUGGUGCUAUAUUGCAAAGAGUAAAUCGAACUCGCAAAACUUUCCGAGCUGCUACUUUUCACUGCUCAUAUCCUGGAUGUAUCAAAACCUCAACAACAUCGUGGGGAAUACAGCAGCAUUAUACAAAAAAACAUGUUGUUCCCGCCGCUCUCAAAGCUCAGCCUAUAGUAUCUCAAUCUCCAACAAAUUGCUCCUCUUCUUCACGUUCUCCCUCUCCAACACCACAACCCUGGUCCAACAACUUUUCACCUCGUCGCUUACCUCGCCGAACACCAUCUGGGUCACCAAGCUUAAAUCCAAGAAGUCCAAACCCAUUGCCUAAGGCUACGCGUAUUGAUGUCCAUCCAACAAUUAAUGGACGGCCGUGUGAUCUGGCUGGCAACUAUCUCCCACCAAAAACCAAACCACCACCCGUCGCAUCUCACAACAUUGAUGAUUUUACGCCUUUUGCAACUCGGAUGGAAUUCGAAAUGGCUGAAUUUUUAUUUGUUGAAGAGGAAAUGUCUGCAGCCAGAAUAGAUCGCCUUUCACAAAUUUUAGGUGCCAAUUAUCCUAACCAAGACCCGCCGUUUGCGAAUCACUCCGAUCUCUAUGCUUGCAUUGAUAGCAUCAGACAAGGCAACAUUCCCUGGACCUCGUUUUCAGUUACCUACAAUGGAAAGCUACCGGAAGAUGGUCCGAUUCCUGAUUGGAUGAAACAAACAUACGAAGUGUGGUUUCGAAAUCCACUUCACGUUCUAGAGCAACAAAUAGCCAAUCCAACUUAUGUGCAAAACAUCGAUUAUGCUCCAAAGCGGUAUUACAGGAAUGGUAAACGCAGGUACCGAAAUCUUAUGUCGGGACAGUGGGUAUGGCAGCAGGCAAACAAAAUUGCGCAAGACAUCAAAUGUCACGGAUCUAUGUUUUGCCCAGUGGUUAUUGGAAGUGACAAGACUACUGUCUCUGUGGCAACUGGACAGAAUGACUUCUACCCACUGUAUAUGUCAUUAGGAAAUAUUCAUAACAAAAUGCGACGAGCGCAUAAAGAUGGGGUCUCGCUAGUUGGAUUUCUGGCUAUUCCUAAAACAUCGCAGGAGUAUAGUGAUAGAGCUGACUUCCGAAAAUUUCGUCGGCAAUUGUUUCAUACAUCUCUAGAACACAUCUUAUCAUCGCUUCGACCUCACAUGUCUACGCCACGUGUAACCUUGUGUGGUGAUGGCCAUUACCGCCGCGUUAUAUAUGGAAUUGGCCCUUACAUCGCAGACUAUCCUGAGCAAGCUUUGCUUGCAUGCAUAGUUCAAGGCUGGUGUCCAAGGGGGGUCUAA